CAGAGAGAGAGAGAGAGUCAGAGAGAGGAAAAGAGAAGGACGAGCGAGGCAUCGCCUGUAUCCCGCUGGCAGCCAAAGUAUUUCGCUGGCGGCUGAGGAAGAACGCGUUCUUGAUGCCGCGCUCCAGCAGUGUGGCGGCGGCGGCGUCGUCGACGAUGGCUCGGAUCCCCGAAGACUGGGGUCUGAAGAUUUAAAGGCAAUCGAUGAUGACAGCAUGACACUGCAGAAGCCAACUUUAUACAGUAACAUCAGCAAUUGGUAGUGCCUCGGCAUCGCUAAGGAUGGGCACUUCAAGGGUCACUUUCAAAAUAAAGGGAACUACACUUCCAGGUGAAGUGUUUGCAGUAUGUGGGAAUUCAACUGCGCUUGGCAAUUGGUCUUGUCAGAAAGCCUUGUUUCUCGAUCCCACGGCAGAUGAUGAAAUAACAUGGACUGCAACAGUUAAUCUUCCAAGAGCCAUUCGUUUCAAAUAUCGAUACUUCAAAUGUUAUUUUAUUGAACCCAAGAACCCUGCUGAUCUUCGGCAAGUGCUAGUCAACAAGUGGGAGACUCAUCCUCAUCCACGAUCAUUUAAUCCGUCGGGAAAAGAGUGCAUAUUGGAUGAUGGAAACUUUGGGAUCCACAAUGACAUUGAGAAAUUGGAUUCUGGCUGGUUAACAUGCCAAAGUGAAAUUCGCUUGAGGUUGCACUAUUCUGAAAAACCUCCAGUUUCCAUAUCCAAAAAGAAGUUCAAGAAAUCAAGAUUUAGGGUGAAGUUGACAUUGGAGGGAUUUGAAGAAGAGGGUGAAGAAGGUGAAGAUGAUGACAAACCUGUGACUAUCUUAGCUGAGAAAAUCGCCAAUACUUUAGAAAUUGCCUUAAUCAGCAACAAUGGAUACAGGUCACGUCACUCUCAGCCAGAAUGUGGCUAUGCCUUGGAACCUGGCCAGUGGACAGAGUAUAGCAUUCAAACUAUGGAGCCAGAUAACCUGGAGCUAAUUUUUGACUUCUUUGAGGAAGAGUUGGGCGUAGCAGUGGUGCAAGGUGACCCACUCCCUGGUCAUGUCGGCUCUGCCUGUCUUCUCUCUUCAACAAUAGUAGAGAAGUCCAGUGGACUUAUCACGCUUCCUAUCAUGAGCAGAAAUUCGAGAAAGACUCUUGGGAAAGUAAAAGGUACUAAUAUUCAAAACAAUGUAUAUGCCUGAGAAUUAGUUUGUUUGAAGCUUUUAUGUGCAAAUUGUACUGGGCUCUUUCAUUUGCAAUGUAUGUUAUCUUUUCUGAAGUUUUCCUGGAUUCGGGCACACAC